CUCCUGCUUCGCUAUUGUUCAGUGUAGUUCAUUUCAGAUAACGUGCAGUCAUUUUCACGUCAAUACCCUCUGGACCAAGUCAGUGUCGUAGCUAUAAACUUAAUAAUUUUUCUUGUUUCGAAAGCUAUUUUUUUUCAUUCACAUUCGUUUUUUGUUGCUAUUCAAUGCUAAUAUUAGCUAGCUAACGUCAACCGGUUCAUCACUUAUCACAACAAACGCCGACGUCAGCCUCUGCAAGGAAGACACUGUCUGCAGGGACAAGCCGUGCACAAUGACCUUAAUGGAGACAGAGGAUGGAUGUCCAGGUGGUGAAGGAGGAGAGGCCAUUGUUCAGACGUGUGUGUUGGGGGGCUUCAGUGAGAGCAGUGAGACCAGAGCUCUGCUUUCCAGCCUACAGGAGGCCCACGCAGACAUUGUGACAGUCGAGUCCGCUACACAGAGGUUCCUAGUGAUCCUGAACAGAUACCAAGAGCAGCCUCAUCUGCUGGACCCUCACUUAGAAUGGAUGCUGAACAUGAUACUGGAGUUAGUGAGGAGUGAAAACUCCCCCCCUUCAUUGGUUCAUUUGGCCUUCAAGUUUCUCUACAUCAUCUGUAAGGUCAGAGGCUACAAAAUAUUCAUGCAGCUUCUCCCCCAUGAGGUGGCAGAUGUCCAGCCAGUUCUGGACCUGUUGUCCAAACAGGAUCCCAAAGACUCUGAGACUUGGGAAACUCGCUACAUGUUGUUGUUGUGGCUGUCCAUGACCUGCCUCAUACCCUUUGACCUUUAUCGUCUGGAUGGCCAUCUGGAGUCAGACGGUGGCAAAGUCAGAGAGCCAACUAUGGACCGCAUUCUCGGUAUUGCAAAGUCUUAUCUACUCGUCAGUGAUAGUCCUCGGGAUGCUGCAUCUGUUCUGGUAUCAAAGUUCAUGACACGCCCUGAUGUGAUACAGAAGUGCCUAGGGGACUUUUUGGACUGGAGCCUGACCACUAUAUCCCAGACCAAUGAUCAGUCAAUGAGAGACAUUAUGGUCCUGGAUGGUGCCCUGCAGUCUCUGGCAAAGCUUUUCAAACAUGGAAAAAGAGAUGACAUCCUACAGUAUGCUCCUGCAAUUCUUCAGUGUCUGGAGCAGAAACAUCUUCCAGAGAGCAGCCAGGCCAUGCUGAGGAAGCUUGGUGUCAAACUAAUCCAGAGACUUGGCCUCACCUUUCUGAAGCCACGUUUGGCUGUUUGGAGGUAUCAGAGAGGCAGCCGCUCCCUGGCAGCAAACCUUUCCAUGUCCGAUUCUACAUCAGUCGCUACCGCUGCGACUCCUGAAGUUGAGACACAAGAUAUGGAGGAGGACUAUGACAUUCCUGAGGAAUUGGAGACUGUUAUUGAGCAUCUGCUGUUGGGACUGAAAGAUAAGGAAACAAUUGUGCGCUGGUCUGCGGCAAAGGGCAUUGGAAGGGUGACUGGGAGGCUUCCCAAGGAGCUGGCAGAUGAGGUGGUUGGAUCAGUGCUGGACUGCUUCAGCUUCCAGGAAACAGACAAUGCUUGGCAUGGAGGCUGCCUGGCACUGGCAGAACUUGGUAGGCGAGGCCUGCUGCUGCCUUCCAGGUUGACAGAUGUUGUGCCACUCAUUGUCAAAUCCCUGACCUACGACGAAAAGAGGGGAGCGUGCAGUGUUGGUUCCAACGUGCGUGACGCCGCCUGCUACGUGUGCUGGUCUUUCGCCAGGGCUUACGAACCCAAAGAGCUCGAGCCUUUUGUCACACAGAUUGCCAGUUCUUUGGUGAUCACAGCCGUGUUCGACAGAAAUGUCAACUGCCGCAGAGCUGCCUCUGCUGCCUUCCAGGAGAAUGUCGGCAGACAGGGGACAUUUCCUCACGGUAUUGACAUCUUGACUGCAGCAGACUACUAUGCUGUAGGGAAUCUCAACAACUGCUAUCUGAACAUCAGUGUCUAUGUAGCUAGUUUCCCGGAGUACACCAAGGCCAUGAUAGAUCAUUUGAUAGCCAUGAAGAUCAACCACUGGGAUGGAGUGAUCCGAGAGCUCUCCACUAAAGCACUCCACAACCUGACGCCUCAAGCACCCGAUUAUAUGGCAACAACAGUGUUGCCACAGCUGCUGCCCUUGGCAGUGGGUUUUGACCUCCAUGGUCGCCAUGGAGCCAUCCUAGCAUGUGCAGAGAUCACACAUGCUCUGUUCAAACUGGGCCUUCAGACCAACAGGUCUGUGGUGGACAUCAUUUCUUCAGAAUGUGUGGAUGCUUUAAAAAACAUUCACCAGAGGCUUACUGACAAAAAACAGUACAGGGGUUUUGGUGGAGAGCUAAUGCGGCCAGCAAUGUGCUGUCUGAUCGAAAAGCUGUCGCUGUCCAAAAUGCCUUUUAAGAACGACCCCGUAAUCUCUGGCUGGCAGUGGCUUAUCGACGACACCAUAAAGAGUGGUGCGAAGGAUUGCGUUAUGGUUGGCGUAGUAUCGGCCUUGUCCACUUUGUGUGAGGAGUACUACCAGGCCGAGCCGGGCAAGGCGGACUCACAAAUGCAGGAUGUCCUGGUAUCUCAGUACAUUGAAGGGCUGAAGAGUCACCAGAUCCUCACUCGCUGUGGAUCUGCACUUGCCCUCGGCUGUCUGCCAGGAUUUAUGAUCCAUGGCAAACUGAAGCAGAUCCUCGAAGGCCUCAAGCAGAUGUGCACUGUCAGCCAGAAGGAGGGGACCUUUACAGAGUCAAGGAGGGAUGCAAUCAGAGCACUUGCUCAAGUGUGUGUGAAGGUGGUCGUUUGUGCCCACGGCUCCCCAGACUCUGCUCUGUGCUCGGAGAAUGUAGCAGAGGUAUACGGUGUUCUGCUCAAUAGCAUGAAUGACUACACGACAGACAGCAGAGGAGACGUAGGCGCUUGGGUGAGAGAGGCAGCGAUGACUAGUCUGAUGGAGGUGACGUUCCUUUUGGCCAGCAGUGAUCCAGAAAUCCUUCAGCCAGAUCUGGUGAAGUGUAUGAUGUGCUGCCUGGCCCAGCAGUCAGCAGAGAAGAUUGACCGCUACAGAGCCCACGCUGGCGACGUCUUCCUGCGCCUCCUCCACAGCACAGAGCCUGCAGUACCUCACAUCCCCCACCGGGAGGAGCUGUUGAGCAUCUUCCCUGUUGAGACCACAACCAGUCUGAACUGGAAUGCUCCAUCGCAAGCUUUCCAGUACAUCACCCAGCUGCUUGGACUGCCCCAGUAUCGGUACCACACCCUGCUGGGCCUCACUGUGUCUGUGGGAGGGAUCACCGAGUCCACAGUGCAUUUUUCUUCCCAGUCGUUGUUUGACUUUCUGAGAGGGAUUCAGGACAGCAGUGAUGCUCUGACACAGUUUGGAGAUGCGUUGCUGAGCAUCUUCAGAGACAACCAACGCAAUGACAGGGUGUCUAUUCCUUUUCUCAAGAUGCUCAAUCAGAUGCUUGCUAACAGCUGCUUUGAAAUCUUCACCACACAAGAGAAUCAUCCCUUCUGUGUUGACCUUUUGGCUCUUUGCAAAGAGUUCAGGAAGGCCAAAGAUAUUUCCAAGCUGCGCGCCUGUAUAUCUGUCUUUUGUGGGCUGAUCCAGUUCCAGGGUGAUGUGAGGAAGAAAGUAUUGUCUCAGCAGCUGAUGCUACUCUGCCAUUCCUUCCCUGUGAUAAGAAAGACCACGGCCAGCCAGAUGUACGAGAUGCUUCUAACCUACGAUGAUGUCAUAGAUCCAGAAGUGUUGGAGGAUGUCAUGACCCUGCUAAGUGAUACUAAUUGGGAGAGUGACCUUGCCACAGUUCGAACACAAAGGAAUCAGCUUUGUGACUGGUUGGGAGUCCCCAGACCACAGGCAGUUACCAAGAGCCCUGCCCAGGUUUCCUGAUCAGCUGUGGCUGUCAACACCAGCUGCAUGUAGGUGGACAUCACGCGGUAAAAAUUAAGAAUGAUCUGCUCUUCUAAAGCUGCCCAGUAUCAUUUGGUCUCUACAUCUGCCAAAAAACAACACAUUGAAUGAAUCACAAUCGGCCAGUUUGCUUAACAAUAGAUGUGAUGAAAACAUCAGCUAUGGUUACUACAAAAUUCUUGCACGUCCUUCAAAAUAUUUUUUGGGACAGAUCUAAAAUUCUGUUCUCUGAACUCCGUUGACCGUGAUCAGCUAAACAAAUCCAGAACCCUGUCAUUCACUUGUACUCACUUACUUGGUUUUUGCCUAAAGGACGUCUAAACAUUAUAAGUAAACUAAGUAAAAAUAUUCAACAGUGUGCUUUCUUUCUCUAUUUUGUUAUUACAACUUCCAAAACCCAAAACACAUCUGUAAAACGCUUUCACUGUAGUUUUCUGUGCAUGCCACCUGUCUCACAUGUCCCAUUCAGGACACAGUGUAGUGAUACUUCCUAGAAGGUUUCAAUAGAGUUCUUAACUUGUAACCUGUACCUGGAACAACCCAGAUAUGUGAAACUGAAACUGUAGUUAGAGUAUACUCCAGGGAAAUGGUUGCCAUUUAGCCAUUUUUGGCACAAGCCGUGGAAUGACACUGAGGCCCUGCUGCAGCUCCCCUUGGGUCACACGCAGACCUACUUUUUCUGCAUCGGUGGAGGUGCCAUGGACUGGAGGAGUACCAGGCCUGAUAGCGGAGCCUCCCUGGUUGCCUGUGGAACAGAGCCUGUUGUGUCACCAUUGGUCCCGGCUUUCUCAUUACAGUCUGAUAGUGGCCACAUUGUCUCAGCCAGCUUCCCUGUCUCACACUGACAGAGAUACAAAUGUUACAUUAUUUUGAAUUAGGUGGUUUCUGGUUGUUUAUCAUACAUUUCGGAAACUCCCCAGCUGAGUAAUGACUAUAUUGCAUUACAUUUUUCUGUAAUAUGAUUAAUUUAACUAAGUUUAUCCAUUUCCAUGGAAACGGACGUGUAUUUCGACUCCCAGAAAACUGGGCAGAAAACCUGUUUGUUGUUUUUUUCCCCCAUGAUUGACUUUCUGUAUUUCAGCAGCUCUUGUAAUUGUGCGUGUGCUGUCAAAUCAUUUGUAACAUCUGGCGAUUAGCACCCGGUUAUUCUUUAAAGGUUCUUUAUAUGACAUUAGGAACAUUAAUGUAGCAGCAAACAACUAUUUGCUAUGUAAAAAUGCAACGUACUGAGCAGAGACUGCUGUCACUGUGCUUUGUUAACACGGUCAGCCCGGCUGUGUAUGCUUUUAGUGUGUUGACUUUGAUUCCAAACACUGUUAAAAUGUGUCACCACUCACUUGUGGUUCUACUUUCUCAUUUCCAUCAACUGUUUAGAAAUGGAUCACUUCAACUGAUCAGUAACUCUGCGCCAUAAUACAACUGCUCAUUUACUUCUGUGGUGAUCAAUACAGUUAUUUCUUAACAUGAUGUUGUAAGGAAAUUACACUAACGGUAUAAAG